AUGAAUGACCCCAGUCCUACAGGCUCGAAUUUGAGCAUCAAAUUCUCGAAUAUUACCUCAGAAGAUGUUCUUCGACUGAGCGUUCCAGUCAUGGUCAGUUUCAUUAUUAACAUUGUCAUCAACAGCAUCACAUGUCCACUAACCGUUCUCCUCAACGUGUUAGUGAUAAUGGCAGUAAAACGAAGACCAACCCUUCAGAGCUGUGCCAACAUCCUGCUCGCCUGUUUAGCAGCAACCGAUGUGGUAAGUGGAUUACUUGUCCAGCCAUCAUUCAUUCUGCAUAUGUUUUUGAAGUUACUUGAAGUGGAUGAUGAAGACGUUGAAGACGUUGUUACUGAUAUCCAUGAUUCUGCUUUACGCGGUCUUCUUGUCUGUUCAUCUCUUCACCUGAUGUUGGUCACUUACGAGAGGAUCAUAGCGAUUAAAUACACUUUGAACUAUUUCGUUAUUAUGACGAAAAAAAAAUUGAAGAUAGCAGUGACCGUAUGUUGGCUUAUACCAAUUUUUUCUGAGUUAUUUAAAGACAUAACAGGUGACAGUCUUUUUUCAAACGUAUUAGUAGCUUUAACCUUAGUUUCGUGUGUUCUUUUUAUCUCAAUUUCUUACUUGUUGUUUUAUCAAGAAACGCGUCGACAUCACAAGAAAAUGAAAACCGAACAACUACCGCGAGAAGAAGUGGAACGAUUUGCUAAAGAAAAAAAAGCCUUCAAGACAUCUGUGUUUGUUGUCGGAGCUGUGCUGUUAUGUUUUUUCCCUUCCAUCGUUCUUCUUUCACUUGUAUUUCACUUUUCAUUAGAUGUUGUGAUAAAAUCAAACUUGUACGUUAUUUUGCUGCCAUUCGUUCGUACGUCUGGCAUGUCAAACUCGUUCCUUAAUCCACUGAUUUACUGCUUGAGACAGAAAGAGAUAAGAAAGUUUGUAUUUAGAUUUUCUACAGUGCGACAAGUACAUCCCACUCACUAA